AGCUGUCAUGGCGGAGGCCGUCUGGAGCACCGACACCGGAGAGGCCGUGUAUCGCUCUUGGGACCCUGUGCGCAACCUCCGCCUCCGAGUCCACCUGCAAAGAAUCACAUCAAGCAGCUACCUCCAUUACCAGCCUGCUGCCCAGCCCGGGAAGGACCUCAUAGACUUGGCCACUUUUAGGCCUCACCCAUCCACCAGUGGACACCGCCCAGAGGUAGAUGAAGAGGAGGAGGUCGUGAUUGGGUGGCAAGAGAAGCUCUUCAGCCAGUUUGAAGUAGAUCUGUACCAAAAUGAAGCAGCCUGUCAGAGCCCUUUGGAUCAUCAGUACCGCCAAGAGAUUCUGAAGCUGGAGGAUCUGGAUGGCAGGAAGAACCGACGAAUCUUUACCUACACUGACUCUGAUAGAUACACCAAUUUGGAGGAGCACUGUCAGAAAAUGACCACCGCGGCCAGCGAAAUACCCUCAUUCUUGGUCGAGCGAAUGGCAAAUGUCAGGCGGCGACGGCAGGACAGGCGAGGGAUGGAGGGUGGCAUCCUUAAGUCACGAAUCGUCACCUGGGAACCCUCAGAAGAGUUCAUCCGGAACAGCCAUGUCAUCAACACCCCUCUUCAGACAAUGUACAUCAUGGCAGACCUGGGUCCCUAUGGAAAGCUUGGCUAUAAGAAGUAUGAACAUGUCCUCUGUACUCUGAAGGUGGACAGUAAUGGUGUGAUCACAGUAAAACCUGACUUCACUGGCUCCAGAGGACCCUACAGAAUCGAGACAGAUGGGGAGAAGCAGGAGCUGUGGAAGUAUACGAUAGACAACGUGUCCUCCCUUGCACAGCCUGAGGAGGAGGAGCGGGAACAGCGUGUGUUCAAGGACCUCUAUGGCCGGCGCAAGGAGUAUCUCAACAGCCUUGUGGGCACUGACUUUGAGACGACGGUACCAGGUGCCCUCCGGCUCUUUGUAAAUGGAGAGGUAGUUUCAGCUCAAGGCUAUGAGUUUGACAAUCUUUACGUCCACUUCUUCGUGGAACUGCCAACUACUAGCUGGUCAAGCCCAGCGUUCCAGCAGCUCUCAGGAAUAACACAGACCUGUGCCACCAAGUCCCUGGGAAUGCAUAAUGUGGCUUACUUCUCCUACCCGUUCACGUUUGAGGCCUCCUUCCUCCACGAGGAUGAAUCUGCCGGUGCUCUCCCGGCAUGGCCUGUGCUCUACUGCGAGGUCCUCUCGCUGGACUUCUGGCAGAGGUACCGCGUGGAAGGCUACGGGGCUGUGGUGCUGCCUGCCACCCCAGGCUCACACACGCUGACAGUCCCCACAUGGAGGCCCCUGGAGCUGGGCCCGGUGGCUGAGCUCAGGAGGUUUUUCAUUGGUGGCUCUCUGGAACUGGAGGACCUCUCCUACGUGCGGAUACCAGGAACCUUCAAGGGGGAGCGUCUGAGCCGCUUUGGACUCCGCACAGAGACCACGGGCAGCGUCACCUUCCGCCUGCACUGUCUGCAGCAGUCCAGGGCCUUCAUGGAGUCAAGCUCUCUCCGGAAGAGGAUGAGGAGCGUGUUGGACCGUCUGGAGGGAUUCAGCCAGCAAAGUUCCAUUCACAAUGUGCUAGAAGCCUUCCGUCGAGCCCGGCGCCGCAUGCAGGAGGCCCGAGAAAGCCUUCCCCAGGACCUCGUGAGCCCCUCGGGAACCAUGGUCUCCUAGCUCCCUGCAGUCCUGGCCCGCCGUGCACGAGGACAAGACGAGGGAUAUCCAAGGCCUGGGCCCUCUUCGUCUUUCUGAUUAGAGACCCC